AUGAUCAUACAAUCACGGGGAGACUGCAGAUUCAAUACAGAAUUGAAGACCACCAAAAUCGUUUUUACCGUGCUGGCAAUAUUCAUCGUUCUUUGGACACCCUACACCGUUGUCUACGUGUCGUCAUCGAACAGUGACAAGAUGGACACCAUCCCACCCAGCGUGUUCAAAUUCUGUGGAAUCCUCACUGCAAUGCAUUCAAUGUCCAACUCUAUUAUCUAUCUAACAAUGAUCAAAAGCUUCCGAAAGAUUGCAAUGAAGUUGCUUCGAAAAAUUUUUUCAUGCGUUCUCCCGGCGAACGAGGAAUCGGCCGGAACAACAGAGUCGCUUUGUUGUGAUAAAGCACGCUGUUCUGCAAAAAUAACUCCUCUACCAGACAGAAAGAUCUUGCGCAUGCCUGUGCAAGUUCUUACGAGCCCAGCACAUGGAGCAUCGAAAAUAUAA